AUGACGCUUCAUGGUUCCACCCUGUUUCUUUUACAGAUGAAUCUGGCUAAAGACUCUAAGACCGGCCUCAAGUACUCUCUCAUGGUGCCGCUGCAGCAGUCUUCAGUUCAGCAGCUGCAGAUUCGUCAUCGCUCGACCACAGCCAAGAACCCGCUGUGGAGCCACUGGUCCCAGGUCCUGACCGCUCCACCUGCGUUUUCACGAAUCCGAAAGAAACGUGUGAAUGAGACAACGGCGGAAGGGAAGGUCAGGCUGCAGCGAAGGCUCCGGAUCAACUGGAAGUCAGUCCCGAAUGCGCUGAAGUACCAUGUGGAGGUGGCGUCGCCGGGGGGGAAGGACUGCUCCUGUUCCACGGUCCUGCCGUGGACCAACUCCUCGUUGUACUAUGAGUCGUUCGGAUCCUUUGCUGCCGCCAACGUGACCAUCAGAGCCGCCAACGCCGAAGGAGAGUCGCCCCCAGCGAUGUACCAUGUGGCCCCUGAGAUCCCACCAGACCUCACAUUGUGUAAUAAAACAGCUCUGAAGAAACGCGUCUGCAGACAAUGGUACGAACUCUGGGACGGGAGAGCGAAAGAACAGACUCUCAUCUCGUUAUUGCCCGAGAAGAACAACAUCGAACCAGAGCUGAAAGACUUUGUGCCGUACAUUUACUACGAGCACAAAAAGUGCGUCACCAGGAGAGUGUGUCUGUUCUACCAGCAACAAGGAAAGCCGGUCAGUCCUCCUCAGAACCUGGUAGAGUCUCUAGACUAUAAAACUGUGUCCUGGAACCCGAUACCGAGCCAAGACCAGCACGGCCUCAUCAUCUACUACAGCCUGUGUGUGCAGAGCGGUCAGACAGGACCAGAUUGCAAAAACAUCUCGUCGUCUAAGAGAAGCUUCGAUCUGAACGACCUGAGUCCAGGAGCCAUGUACAACGUAACUCUGUCAGGGGCCACAGCAGAGGGAGAGGGGCCCCGAGCCAGUGUCACCAUCGACACGACCCCAGGGAGACCAUACAACAUGGUUCUUAGUCUGGGUUUGCUCAUCUGCUUCUUCCUGCUUUCCACCGGGUUCACUUUCAUUUUCACAAGAAUCCAGAACAAGCUGCUUCCUCCGCUGCCGUCUCCGCUCAUCCCCGACUUCGCCGCCUGCAAAGCUGACGUGCAGGAGGUGAUGGAGGAGGAGGUGCUGACGGUCACACUGCUGCAGCUCCAGCCCGAGUGCUGCCCCCUGCAGGACACAGAGGAGCACUGCAGCCUCUCCCACCUGCACCAGGAGGACCAGGACCACCCCUCACAGCAAGAGGACCGGGACAAACCAUCAAACCAGGAGCCGAGCGAUGUGCAGCCGCUACAGCGCGACAUCUGUCUGCUCAUCUACAAGAACGGACUGGUCUUUGACUCCAACUCAGACUCUACUUAA